AUGUCUACGGUCUUCAAAAUAUCAUAUGAACCACCACCACUAGAAGUUUUAAAUCAAUCGACUCAACUACCAGCAAUACCACUUCCAAUUUCACCACCUAAUUUAACGAUAACUCGACGAUUAAUAUUUCCGAGUAUACUAUCAACAUCAUUUGCGCCUACUUCAUCACCAACAACUUUCGUGAUAAAGACAACGAGUGUAAAGCCAACAUGGAAUCAGCUUAGCACAAAAAUUCGGGACCAAUUUAAUAUACCCGAAGAUAUUAAUUUUAGUUUAACUUAUAUGGAUGCAGGAGGUAAAGAAAUGGCCUUGUCUUCCCAAGAUGAAUUAAUUAAUUAUUUUUCUCAAGAUGAAGGUGAAGUUUUACCUAUUCUAAAAAAUAAUUGCAGUUAUAAGUUUGGUUUAACGAUCUUACCUCAAAACAAUAAUGUUGAAGAAGAUAAGAAAGGUGGAGAUAAUGAUAUUAAAGAAUUUGAAAAGGCCAAAAUUUCGAGAACUUGUGAUAAUCAACAAAGCGAAGCUGUGAAUUCCAAUAUUUUAUUUGUUAAACAAAAUUUUACGGGACCAGAUUACAAAUAUUCAAGAAGAACUGUAGCUGCUCCUGAUGUGACUGAUUUUACUUGCUACUACCAAAAGAAUAUAUAUAUAUAA